AUGGGUAAAUUAAACGAUUUAAUUCAAGUAUCAUAUGGAGCAAAAAAUGUAAUUUCAUCAAUGAUCAAAAACUCUAGCUCAAGACAUUCCUCUUCAGUCAUUUUAAAUAAUUUAAAUAAUAACUCAAGUUUAAAAACAAUAUCAAAUAUUAAACCAAAAGAUAGAUUAAAAGAUGAAAAUGAUUUAAUAAUUGAUAAUAAAAACAAUAAUAAUAAUAAUAACGAAUUAUAUGAAGAUGAAUCAAAAGAUUUUUUAAACAAUCACAAAAACCCAGAAAUUAAUUAUAUUAAAUCACAAGGAUAUAAAAUACCAUCAUCACAAACAUCAAGAUUUUGGGAAUUCACAAAAUUAGCAGUUGGUAUUGGCGCAGGUUUUAUUGGUGAAAAAACCAAACGUUCGGUUGGUGCAGGUGAAACAAAUACAGGUUAUAGCUCAAUGUUUUCAGAUAACAACGCCGAAAGAAUGGCUGAAUCAUUUUCCAAAAUGAGAGGUGCAGCAUUAAAAAUUGGUCAAAUUAUUAGUAUUCAAGAUGACUCGUUAUUACCACCAAAAUUUGUUGAAAUUUUAGAGAGAGUUAGAAAGAGUGCAAAUCCAAUACCAUUAGAUCAAUUACAUAGUACUUUAGCACAGGAGUUGGGGGAAAAUUGGCGUGAUAAAUUUCAAUUAUUUCAAGAGGAACCAAUUGCAGCCGCUUCUAUAGGUCAAGUUCAUCGAGCCAUUACAAAAGAUGGUAGAGAAGUAGCUGUUAAAGUUCAAUAUCCAGGUGUUGCCGAUAGUAUUACUAGCGAUAUUAAGAAUCUUGGUUCACUUUUAAAAAUGGUUGUACCUGAAACAGCAUACAUCGAAAAAUCUUUAGAGUCUGCCAGAAAAGAACUUUUGUUGGAAACAAAUUACCUCAACGAAGCUCAAAAUCAAAAGAAUUUCAAAAAUCUAUUACAAGAGAAUAAAAACAAUAAAUAUACUAAAGACUUUUAUGUACCAGAUGUUAUUGACGAAUUAACAACUAAAAGAAUUUUAACUACAGAAUUUGUAUAUGGUAUUUCAAUUGAUAAAAUCAAUCCCAUCGAUUAUAAUCAAGAAACUAGAAAUUGGGUUUCAAAAAAUAUUUUAUCACUAUGUUUAGCCGAGCUUUUCCAAUUCAAUUUUAUGCAAGUCGAUCCAAACUCGGCCAAUUUCGUUGUAGAUUUCGAUAAAAAGCGUAUAAACCUUUUGGACUUUGGAGCCUGUAGAUCUUACAAUAAGCAAUUUUUAAACAACUAUUUCAAGAGUAUUGAGGCUGGUACCGAUGCAAAUGACAAAGAAAUUAUUGAAUACUCUGUAAAAUUGGGUUAUUUAAGUGGUGAUGAAAAUAAGUUUAUGAACGACGCUCAAUGCAAAUCGAUCAAGAUCUUAGCCGAAGCAUUUUCUCAAAAGUAUUACGAUGAAAAUAAUAUUACCAAAUAUCCAUUCUACGAAAAACAAAUUGCAAAAAGAAUUAGCGAAUUAAUACCAACAAUGUUAAAAAAUCGUUUAAAACCACCACCAGAAGAAACCUAUUCACUCCAUCGUAAAUUAUCUGGUAGCUAUUUGGUGUGCAGUAAAUUAAAAGCAAAUUUUAAUGGUGUUAAAAUUUGGAAUUAUUAUAAAUCUCAUUUUCAAAUCUAA